UACUGUGUAGUGCAGGUGAGCCUGGUAGCAUACAGUAACGCGGGGUAAUUACCCUACAAGGAACAAAAACUCCACAUCGUAGUUAAAAAUAGAAAAUUAACGAAAAGUCACCGUAAACAUCCGUUAUUGUCGGAACCGUAUCUCUUUUACAGUUAUUGGAUAGAUUACAAGUAAAUUUAACAUUCUGCAUUAAAAGUUUGCAGAAAUAGUUGACAGUAUUGUUGUAAUAGCCACCGUCCCCACUUACCCCGCGUCCCCACUUACCCCGGUGUACCUUAUGUAUUUUUGAUAAGCAACGAAAAAUACAAACCUAGGUAAUUAAUAUUCUCAUUUAAAUGAGUGCAUUUUUUAUUGAUUUUCCUGAAAAAAAACCUUUUAAUUAGAUGUUUCCAAAUUUCAAAAAAAAAUUCUCGUUCGGGCAAAGCGAGCAACUGUUUCGUGAAAUGUUGCUCGGGAAAAAUGCUAUAAGACCUUUUGAAAUUUUUCGGCCAGAUCAUAAUAAAAGUUCAGUGGGCUGCGGUGUUCAGAUUUCAGAUCGUUAAAAUAAAAUUUUCAAAAUUACCACAUACACCACACAAAACUCACCAAAUUUGUCAAAUGAAUUCCAAAAUUCAAUGGAAAUGUCGAGUGUGUUUUGUAGAUACGCGCGACCUGGAGACGCAAAGCAUAUAUUCAUAUCCGGAUUCGAAUCAAAGCUUGAACUUUCAUAGCAUGCUGGCUACCAUUUGUUCCGAUGUGUUCAAAAGUUCAAAUGACCAGAAUAAUGUUCAGGACCAGGACCAAAUUCUGCAAGAGGCUUUCGGAUUACCUGAAAACCUAUGCAAGGAAUGCUGCAAACGUGUUGAAAACGCAUUUCAAUUGGUGGAGCUUUGUACAGAGACCAAUCUUCGAUUUUGGAGAAUAUUAUUUAAAGAUAAGCAAGAAACAACUACUAUUGCUGGUAGAUAUAAUAAGAAACCUGUUCUGGAGGAAGUUGAAUUACUUAACGAAGCUGAAUGUUCUGGCACAGAGAAUAUUGAUAAAUCAGGUCACGGGAGCUCUGACGAUUUUUUAGAUUCUAAACUUGCAAUUAUUGAAAAAACUCAAAAUGACUCAGAUCUCGAACAAUUCGAUAGAGAUGAAUCAGAAUUAGGAAAAGAACUUCCGCUUCGUGUAACUCGGUCGAGAUGUCCAAAUCUUAAAUGUGACAUAUGUCCGUUCGAAACGAAGCUUCACAAAACAUUGCAGGAUCACAUGAAAGAAUGUCACGGGGCGAAAGUGAUUAACUGUGAGCAAUGUGAUAUGGUUUUCGUAUCAGAGGACAAAUUCGAAGCUCACGUGGAGUCACAUUCCCAAACGAAGGACACCCAGCAAAAUAAAAACUCUUUUGGUGACUCUAGCUCCAAAUUACACCAUGCUGUUAAAGUACAUCGUAAAUCGUCAGCAAUCAAAAAUAAAACAACCGAAAGAACUUGGCCGUGUUUACGGUGUGAUAUUUGUCCAUAUGAAUCUAUGUUCCCUCAAAAAGUACAAGAUCAUAUUAGAUUUCUUCACGCUGAGCAAACGAUAGGAUGUGAUAAAUGUCCGUUGGUUUUCCUGGAACAAAAGAAAAUGGAACAUCAUAAAACCUUGCAUACAUCCGGGCGCUUCUACGAGUGUUAUCUAUGCCCGAAAACAUUUUCUGCGCCGAUUGCAGUGCGAUCUCAUUUGGAAACCACCCAUUCUUUUCCUCGACAAGAAGCAAAAACUGGCAUCAAACAACUCAAACAAUAUGGAAACCUCAAAAUCGAAGAGAUUGCUCGAGCCGCAGCCAACAAUGCUGAAUGGCAAUGGAUAGGAUGCGAUUUUUGUGAUUUCCAAUCAAAAUAUCCCCGAACUAUGCAGACUCAUUUGAAGAAUAAUCACGAUGCAAAUAUCUUGCAGUGCAAUACAUGUGAACUAGUCUUCGCCACCCAAGAGAAACUUGACCGACACAUGGAUCUUCAUGAAAAGGGUACCAUCUACCAGUGUCAUCUAUGCCCUAAAGCAUGGGCCACUAUGGAUUCCCUACGAUAUCACUUGCGCAGAGUACAUUCUAAAAAUAAAUCUUUACACGAAAGAGCAAGAGAGUUUCUUUGCUCCAUCUGUGGUCGGGCUUUUGAAAACGUAAGUUCACUCAAUGUUCAUGCGAUCCGACAUACUGGAGUAAAAUCAUCUUCCUGUCCGCAAUGUCCGUUCAAAACCAUCACUCGAGGAUCGUUGAAGAUGCAUAUGCUAACCCACACCAAAGAACGACGCUUCAAAUGUGAACUGUGCGACAAAGCCUUCACGACCUCAUUUAGCCUGAAAUUGCAUACGCGAACGCACACGGGUGAACGCCCUUAUUCAUGUUCUUCCUGUGAUAAAAGUUUCUAUACAUCAGAUCACCUCAAACGGCAUGUUCGUUCUCACACGGGUGAUAAACCGUUCAAGUGUUUCUUUUGCGAGCGCAAGUUCUCCCAGAGCAACGAUUUGGUCAAACACAGUCGGGUUCAUUUUAACGGGAAUCCUUAUCCAUGCGACCGGUGCGACGAAGCUUUCCGGUUACUGACCGAGCUGAGAAAUCACUACAAGGUACAUUUCUCUACCGACGGUACUCAGGAGCUUGCGGAUGGUGCCGAAGAAGUCAAGUUCAAUAUUGUCAACAUGUUACGAUUGAGGUAUGAGCUAGAGAAGAAGCGGGGCACUCUCCCGGUAAUGGAAAGUCGUAAUGAUGGAGAAUGAUAACCGGAAAUAAAUAAGGUACACCAGGGUAAGUGUGGACGGGUUUUCGUAUAGUUCAACUUUGAAAAAUCAUAAAAAAAUCAGCAGUGGAGCAAUUUUGAUAAAUUGACGAUCAAUGUGAUGCAGAACAUGUUUUUUACAAAAGCUGAAGAGAUGAGCUCGAUAGAAGCAAAGUAAAAAAGUUAUCACGCAAAUCGUUAUGGACGGCUGGUGUCCUCACUUACCCCGCUUUAUGGGGUAAGUGUGGACAGUAGAUUUUCCCUUUGAUUUCUCAGGAAAUUUUCAAAAAAAAUGUGUUUUCUUGGUUGAAUACGUUACUUUAUUGCUCGAACCGUCCAAAAUUUUGAAAAAAGUUCAUGAUACUAUAAUUAUAGUGUGUAAUUUAUGUUACAACACACGAGAUCCGAUUUCAUCAAAAACACAGAACAAAUAAGUACUUUACUCAAAUUUUCAUGAUCCGAAUGCUUAAUAUAGCUAAAUAAUACAACUCAUAAAGGAUGAAGGACAGAAAAUUGAAAAAAUGUGUAAACAUCAAAUCUUUUUAAAGCCGUCCACACUUACCCCAGGUAGGAGUUGGAGACAAAACUUUAAUUUUUUGUAAGUUAACUCUUUUUUCUUCAUUUUUAACCGCCGUUUCUUUUCCUAACUGGUUGUUUGGAAUGUAAGGAUUGUUUCAAUGUAGAGUUUUUCAUCGAGAGCCAGCUAGUUUAGGAGAAAUUUGCAAUUGAAAAAGAUGCACAUCAACUCGACAUCGUAGUUGAAAAUAGAAAAUUCCGAAAAAGUCGCUGUAAACAACCGUUAUUGUCUGAAUCGUAUCUUUUUCACAGUUAUUGGAUAGAUUACAAGUAAAUUGAACAUUCUGCAUCAAAAGUUUGAAAAAAUAGUGCACAGUAUUGUUUUUAUAGCCAUCGUCCACACUUACCCCGCGUCCACACUUACCCCGGUGUACCUUACUUUUUUUUUAACGAUCGUCUACUGAACAUCGAUCAUC